AUGGCUGCUCUCUUAAGAACUUUAUUUUUGAUAAUUGCCCUACUUUGCAUUACUAACACCGUCGUGUUGGGUGAUCCGGAUACCACUCUGCUGAGUUAUGCCUGUAAUCCAAAUAAAAUCUCGGGCCGUGCUGCUAAGGAGGGCCAGAGCUACACGCUUCAAUUACUAGUGCUUGAAACUCCCAAGGCAAAUACCUACGAUUAUGGCACGGAUACAUCGGGUUGGUACGGUCACGGAAACUGCAACACGGCGCUUUCAUCUUCGGACUGCCGGACGUGCAUGGAUUCUGCGAGGACAGAGAUUGGCGACAACUGUCCUCUGAGCGAUGGAGCCCAGGUGAAGCUUCAAGACUGCAAGCUAAGAUACGAGAAUCACCCAUUUUAG